CUCCGGACACAGCCAACUAUUACAGUGUAAACAAUCCGCGGUGUGGUCAAUUUAUUUAAACAGGACCGUACAGUUUUAUCGAUAUCACACUAUGGCGUUAAAGGUCCUUGUCUGCUUUGUCGCGUUAGUGGUCACUGCAACUGCCGAUUAUGUGGCGCCGUACGCUGCACCUUACCAAUAUGGUGCAAGCUAUCACCCGUAUGGGAAUCCGUACGCGGGCGCCGUAGCGUCCACGUCCACCAAUAUCGUCAGAUCGCCCGGCAAUCUCGGUCAUGUGGCCGCUUUUCACAAGACGGUGGAAACGCCGUUCUCGUCCGUCCACAAAGCCGACGUUCGCGUCACCAACGACAUCCCGUACCAUCACGCGCCAGGCUACCAACCGUACGCGGUAGCCGCGACCGUGCCGUUUGUGCCGCAUCCGUACCCGGCACCGUUGAAAGCGUACGCGGCCGCGCCGUAUGCGCCCAACGCGUAUGCGGACCCUCACGCAUACGCCCCGGUACCUCAUGCUUUUGCCGCCGCGCCUCACGCCUAUGCUCCCGGGCCUCAUGGCUAUGGCGCGGCACCGCACGCAGUGGCCCACACCAGUUAUUCCGGGCCAUACGGUGUCCAUUACUCUUAUUAACAAUUUGAAAACAACUGCUUAUAAAGCCAUUAUAAAUGUAAUUUAAUUAUUUAUUACCUAUUUAUAAUUUAUUAUUAUUUGGAACAUAAUUAUAAUAAUAAUAACUACAAUGUGAUCUAUUAAUGCAGUAUUUUUAUUUAAUCCUUUCACACUAUACAUUGUACAAUUUAAAUUAUGUUAAUUUAUAAUAUCUAGUACGCUAUUGAA